AUGACCACAUCGGGCGAUCCGUCAGCGACUGGACCUGACAGACCGUGCGGGAUCACCGCACUGCUGCCGAGCGGUAUGUCUUGCCGGAGCCGUGCCGAAGCCUUCGCCCGAAGCUUGCAGUCACGUUUGCGGAACCUUGGCUCCCAGGGCAGCACCGGUGAUGACGAUGAUGACGAGGGUCGACUUACGGCGGAGGAGCAACAGCAACAGCACACGGAAAACACCUGGCUAUCGGCGACCUCGAACGACCAGACCGGUGUAACGAGUCUACAGCCACUGCGCAUGAUUGUGGCCAACGAGGCCGACUCCUGCUUUGACUUUGGCCUGGAAGCGGAAAGCCCAAGUUCCCCCGUGGAGGAAUGCGAGUACACACGGUUGAUCGAAACGGCGACAGCCACACCGACCAGUUUGCCCUCGAUUGCGACCGUCAAUGAGUCGGCCGUAGUGCAGGCACCCGAAUCAGGCUACGUCUGCUCAUCGCCCUGCUCCACACCGCAGGGUUCGGCCGCGAGCAGUCACAGCAGUUCCUCCGACUGUCAGUUUUACGAUCCGGACAGCUCCGACCCAGAGCAACGGUCGGUCAGUGGGUGUGAGUACUACGACUGUGCGAUCCCGGUGGCCGGUAGUUUGCGAUCGGUGGGAACCGGUCCGUACACCUGCACACCGUUAACGGGCGACGGCACGGUCCAAUCCGUCGUAAAUCCCACCGUCGAACCGGCGAAACAUGUUGACAAUAUCGCACACAAACCCACAGCAACUACCUCAGCGAAUAAUAAUCCCUUUACCGGCGUUAGUCUAUUUAGUCAGGCGGCGAACGGGCACAUCCCGGGCUACACCGCAGCCGGUGCGCUCGACAGUGACAGCUGUUCCGAGUCACUUCCACCGUCCCAGUCCACCGAAUCGAACAUCUCCACCUUCACGGGGAUGAGCUCGAACUCGAACAGCACACUGCAGGACGUUACCAUGGAACCGCUGGACGAUCAGCCGGGUGCGGAUGUCCCGGACAGUGCCUACUGCUCGGUGCCACAUCGGAUGGGCAACGGGCAUGCGAUCAUGCCCCGCGGUACAGUCAUUAACGCCGACACGGAGCUUGGCCUCAUGGGCCGCGGGCUGAAGUACGAAGAAGACACCGAGGGUGUGCACGGUGAGGAUGGUGCGGACGUUGCACAAAGCACCACCCAAGGGGCGGCGAUCCAGAUCGCGGAGGUUGAGAAAAUCCUCCACGAUUGUACAGUGGCCGAUCGGCAGCAGGAGAGCGUACAGAACAAUCACGAGCACAGCCGUUACAACGAUGCGGAUGACGACGACGACAGAAAGCAGGGCCGCCGGGCAACGAUGUCGUCGGGCGACGAAGAUGAGGAGGAAACCAAACCGCAGCGUAUAAGGCGCUGCUCGUCGCUGAAGACUGGCAAAACCCCACCCGGUACGCCGGGGCGGAAGAAGAUCGUCCGGUUUGCCGAUGUGCUCGGGCUCGAUCUGACCGACGUCCGGACGUUUAUGGACGAGGUGCCGAAGGUGCCACAGUCGGCGUUCGAGGAUCUCACGAUCGCACCGGCGAUCGAGCCACCGAUGCCGGAGAUCAUCAGCCUCGGGCCGAAGGUGGACCGCGUGCUGGUGCCGCUGUUCCAGCAACCGGGCGCACUGCCCUGCUUCCUCGACCGGGUGCGCGAAAAGCAGGUGAAUCUGGAAAAUGCGGCCGUUACCGAUCCGAUCACGCUCACCAUCACCGGCACGGUGCGGGUGCGCAACCUGGACUUCCACAAGUCGGUGUACGUGCGGUACACGCUCGACAAUUGGCGCAGCUACGCCGACCUGCAAGCCGUCUACGCGGAGAACUCGUGCGAUGGGUUUUCGGACAAGUUUAGCUUCACGCUGCACGGCAACUCGGUGCAGGUGGGGCAACGUAUCGAGAUGGCGAUACGGUUUCACUGCAGAGGGGAACAGUUCUGGGACAGCAACUACGACACCAACUACGUCUUCCAGUGUUUGCCGAUCACCCAGCCGACGCCGAUGAUUGCGGCCCGCCCACUGACGGAACCGUCCACCAUGUUAACCUCCUCCGAACCGGCAUGGUGCAGCAAUUUCUACUAGUAAGAACACACAUGGCUAAAGCGGCGUAUCAAUGCAGUGUAGUGCAAUGAAACACUCAAAUUAUGUGCCAUCCCGCCCCAAGGAUGUGCUUGCUUGGCCAUCGGUUCGUAUAAUAGGGUCGUAGUAUUAAUGAACUGUUUUUUUUUUUGUUUUUAAUUCGAAUUUCAAGCUAUUGUAGCGUCUGAUCGUCAUUUUAGAUGUACCAAAGUUUUGUCCGAACGCACUUUGAAAACAAGGAAGCAAAUUGGGAAGCGAAGUGCGAAAAUAUACGCAAAAGUAAAAAGUGCGAAGAAAUACCACAACAAAACACUACAAUCUGUUACAAACGUUGGUCAACUCCCAUUUGAGCGAAAGCAUCACUCGAACGAGGUAUUUUAAGCGAAAUAGUCCCCCAUUUCGAUAUCGUCUAGGCAAAGAUGAAUGUCACAGGAUGAAUAAUCACUGUUGAAAGCUUUAGUAGUUUAAAAUCAGAUGGUAGAGUUUAGCAGGUAGCAAGGAAAUGCAAAACGGAAACACUGUGGAAGAGAUGGAGUGUGCAUCGCGUGUAUAUGAGAAGGUUGUUGAGCGAGCGUUAAAAAAUAUUAUGUUUGCAAAAGUUUAUGUU